CGCGGUAGUAGGCAGGCAGCAAGUGGAGCCAAGCCCUUACAUUUUCAACAAGACUUGAUUAAUACAAAAGACGACGAUAUGAGUUGGAUGUCAAGGUUCAGUGGUUUCUGACGUGUGGUUUUUUUGUUUGUUUGUUGUUGUUGCCAAUUUCAUGGCUAUAUCGGACCAAAUAGGUUAAAUUCAGGUGUUCCUCUCCUGGUACCGGACUCGGAGGAAGCGGGGUUGAGACAGGACGAUACUAGGUAGUUAGAGGGUGUUGUGUUAGCAGGAAGGCCGGUCAACUGGCCGCUGUCUUCUCUCCGUCUACAUCUAGUCUGAAGCUCAAGACAAGUUGGGAAAGUUUGAGAGUUUCACGUUUGCCUAAUUUUCGUUAUGUUUCACUCGAAACCCCAAAAAAGGGACCGGUCUUUUCGAGGUAACCUAAACACACAAAACCUCAGUGGAAGUUGAAUUCUGAAGAAGAGGGAUUUUAUUUGAGUAGUAACUGUUUUAGCUAGUUUGGCUAAAAACUGUGAUCAUAAUUCAGGGUUGUCUCGCCAGUGGUCUUGUUAAAUUGACCCGUAGGUAUCCAGCUAGCUAGAGAUGUUUAUAUGUAGCCAGCGAGCUGACAUUUCUGUUUACAAAUUGCACAGUGGGACUCAUUCGUGGUUCGAGUGCAGAAACGGAAAUAUUAGCUAACACAAAGCUAGUUUACUUGUUAGAUGUCAACCUUUUUGUUGUUGUGUGUUUUGUUUGUUACUAUACAGAAUACCUUGUUAAUGAUAGCUAACGUUAACUAGUUAGUUGUUAAUUGAUUUGCUUAUUCAAGACAUAAUAACAUUGUGUGUCCGGAUUUUUUUUUUUUAUAGGUCGCAACAAACAAACAAAAAACGACAUUUAGUCGGAGAUCUUUCAGCGAUACUGGACUAGGACGUCAUACCAUUUCUUUUUAACGGGACCGAUUCCCGUGGCCCGAAACCUCCUUGCCAUCACUGGUGUUACGCACGUCAGCUAAUAUCCAAUCGUUGGACAUUGUGUGUGUGUGUGUCUGUGUUUAUCAUCUAACUAAUCAUAGUGGGUUUUGUAGCGAAACGGUGAAACACAAUGUCAGGACAGUCUAUAACGGAUCGCUUCGCAGCGGCACAGCACAGCAUGACCGGGUCUGCUAUCAGUAAAGCCGUGUGCAAGGCCACGACGCACGAAGUCAGCGGCCCCAAGAAGAAACACCUUGAUUACCUGAUCCACUGCACCAGUGAGAUGAACGUGUCGGUCCCCCAGCUGGCUGACACACUAUUUGAGAGGACAGCCAAUAGCAGCUGGGUGGUGGUCUUCAAAGCUCUGAUCGCUACACACCACCUUAUGAUGUAUGGCAAUGAGCGUCUUAUCCAGUAUCUGGCUUCUAGAAACACCCUCUUCAACUUGAACAACUUCUUGGACAAAGGUGCUCUGCAAGGUUAUGACAUGUCUACGUUCAUCCGUCGGUACAGCCGCUAUCUGAAUGAGAAGGCCAUGUCUUACAGACUGGUGGCUGUGGACUUUACCAAGAUGAAGAGAGGGAUUGACGGUGUGAUGCGCACCAUGAGCACAGAGAAGCUCAUCAAGACAUUGCCGAUUAUCCAGAACCAACUCGACGCACUGCUAGACUUCCAGGCCAACCCUAAUGAGUUAACUAACGGAGUCAUCAAUGCAGCCUUCAUGCUGCUGUUUAAAGACUCCAUCCGGCUGUUUGCUGCCUACAACGAGGGUGUCAUCAACCUACUGGAGAAGUAUUUUGAUCUGAAGAAGGGUCAAUGUAAAGAGGCGUUGGACAUCUAUAAGAAGUUCCUGUACAGGAUGACCAAGCUGUCUGAGUUUCUCAAAGUAGCAGAGCAAGUUGGAAUAGAUCAGGGUGAUAUCCCAGAUCUCUCACAGGCUGUGAAAGGAUCAUGCAUUGCCCCCAGUAGUCUCCUGGAGGCUCUGGAGCAGCACCUAGCCUCUCUGGAGGGGAAGAAGACCAAGGAGCUCAGUGCUGACACCAGAGCGUCCACUCUGUCCAGUGCGGUGACGUCUCUGUCCAGUACAGGCAUGUCCUUCAGCCGCAUGGACGAGAAGGAGAGACUGCAGGCCUUGGAAGAGGAGCAGGCCAGACUGCAGGCCUUGGAAGAGGAGCAGGCCAGACUGCAGGCCCUCAAGGUACAGGACCAGCGUCUGAAGGAGGUCGGUGUGUCCCUGCCUCCCUCUGCCUCCCCCAGUACACAGUCUAUGGGCAGUGUCAACCACAACACCAACCAGGCCAUGGAGCUAUUCAACACACCAUCCACCAAUAGCAUGCCCAACCUCAGUAGUGAUCUGUUUGACCUACAGCCAGCCUUCAUCCCUGUUGUCCAGAGCACUCCUUCCAUCUCUACAGCCGCCAGUGCCUGGGGAGGUGCUGCUGUGCAAGCGGAGUCCUCCAUAAGUGUAGAUUUUGAUGCUGUUUUUGGGGGCGGGGCUAGAGAAAUAGCCAAUAACGGCGUGCAGCCAGCCGCUGAUGGGUUUGAUGCUCUUGGGGACCUGCUGAAGCCCACAGUGCCGAACCAUAACCAGGCUCCCCCCAUGGCCCUCCACCACCCCCACCCAAGUCACCCCCAUCCAGGGUACCACCCAGGGGGCAAGCUGCUGGCCAACGACCUGGACUCCUCCCUCGCCAACCUCGUUGGCAAUCUGCAGUUCGGAGGAGCCCCAGCCAAGAAUUUGUCUCUGUGUGCUCCGGUAUUCAGGCCAGACAUGCAGUGGAGCCAGUCUGGGGAGAAGAGACUAACUGGGGGACACAACUGGCAGAGUAAGACCAUGACCAGCACCACGGCCUGGAACCCUGUUCCCAUGGCCCCCGCACCCAUGCCUGUACAACACCUGAAUGGGAUGUUCUAUGCUGGUUAUGCUCCAGCUCCUAUGCCUUUCCCCAUGACCACACCGCAAGUGUCUAUGUAUGGAAUGGUCCCUCAGAUGGGUCAGAUGGGGGGUGUACAGGUGAUGGCCCCACAGCCCAUGAUGUACAACCAGCCUGUACUCAGACCCACAAACCCCUUCUCCCCCAUGCCUGGAGCCCAGAUGCAGUUCAUGUAAUUUCAUCUGGGGGAGCAGAGCGCCCAAAACAUGCUGGCAUAAAACACACAAACGAAGAAUAGGGAAACGAAUGACUGAGAGGCAGACAGAAGAAAAAGCAACCGACACCAAAUACAAGAGGAGAGGAAGAGGGAAGAAAAAGAAGGGGCUGAUGAACCCGGGAGAUGGGGGGGUAGAUCAAGGAAGAGUGUAUGAUAUCAUAAAGGCUUACCUCUCUGUCUGAAACAGCCCCCCCCAAUAAAUAAAUAAUAAUAAUAUGGAACCCCUAUAAAUGGAUAGGUCACUUGGAGUAGACGGGGUGAAAGGUCAUAGGUUCAUUACACUUAGGACCCGUGUGUGUACAUUGACUUUUCUGUGUUGGUUUAGUUUGUCUUCUGUUACCUUUGGUGUAGAUGGAUGGAUUACACCCUGUUAAAAUGACUGAUAUUGAGCACUUUGGCACACACACGUAAACGGACAGAGGUGUGAAUCUCGCCAUGGGCAGAAUGGACUGAUUUGUCUACAAAUAGAUCGGUAGGUUACAGUUGGAGCCAUCCUCUCUGGUUGGUGAGAUGGUUAGAAACCGGUAGGAACUUGUGUUCUGGUUUUCUAUCUCUGUGUGUGUGCACACUGUUUAUAAAGCAUUACUUAGUGAGGUGGUCUCUACCUGGUUUCUUACACGAAAAGGUCACCAAAUUAAAGAUUUUUUUUGUUUUCAGACUUUCUCACCGUUUCUCAUCCACAGGGUGGAAAUGUUUGUCCCUGCUCGCUUGCCGUCCUUGACUGUUUGCUCGUUCAGAGAAAGCACUUCUGUAUGUUACCUAGGGGAGGUGUUUCAGACAUGGAGAAGCCAUCACCAGGUGUAAUCAGACUGGAUAGAAAACAUUAAGGACACCCCUCUCCCUUUCACCAUCAUCCUACCAUCAAUCAGACUGGAUAGAAAACAUUAAGGACCCCCUCUCCCCUCACCAUCAUCCUACCAUCAAUCAGACUGGAUAGAAAACAUUAAGGACACCCCUCUCCCUUUCACCAUCAUCCUACCAUCAAUCAGACUGGAUAGAAAACAUUAAGGACGCCCCUCUACCCUCACCAUCAUCCUACCAUCAAUCAGACUGGAUAGAAAACAUUAAGGACCCCCUCUCCCCUCACCAUCAUCCUACCAUCAGACUGGAUAGAAAACAUUAAGGACGCCCCUCUACCCUCACCAUCAUCCUACCAUCAGACUGGAUAGAAAACAUUAAGGACACCCCUCUCCCCUCACCAUCAUCCUACCAUCAGACUGGAUAGAAAACAUUAAGGACACCCCUCUCCCCUCACCAUCAUCCUACCAUCAAUCAGACUGGAUAGAAAACAUUAAGGACACCCCUCUCCCCUCACCAUCAUCCUACCAUCAAUCAGACUGGAUAGAAAACAUUAAGGACCCCCUCUCCCCUCACCAUCAUCCUACCAUCAGACUGGAUAGAAAACAUUAAGGACCCCCCUCUACCCUCACCAUCAUCCUACCAUCAAUCAGACUGGAUAGAAAACAUUAGACGCCCCUCUACCCUCACCAUCCUCCCAACUCUCGGCUGCUUCUCAUGUAUUUCUGUCUGUCCAUGGAGAGAGCUAGAGAACUGUUGAGCGCAUCUGAAAUGGCACCCUGUUCCCUAUCAAGUGCACUACUGCCCAAAGGGCCCUGGUUAAAGGUAGUGGCCUAUAGUAUUUAGAGAAUAGGUUGCCAUUUGGGAACAUUCCUGAUGUAAAAUGUUUCUAUCCCCUCCUCUCUACUGUGUCUGUAUCUUGUAAAAACAGUUUCCUCAUCCUGCUGUGCCCUCGAAUUUUGAUGGAUUCAUGCUUACACACACACACACACACACACACACACACACACACACACAGGCAUGCAAUAAUGUGUACGUACAGAUGUACACAGAUGCAUGUAGCACGUUACACACACACACAUAAACAUAAACACACAACGAACAAUGUUAGAUUUUUCUGGGAUAAUUCUGGUGGUAAUAAUGUCAAUUUGUAUGUUUAUAUAUAAUAUUUUUAAUCAUAAUGUCAUUACUCAUUAUGUAUUGUUUUAAAGCUCUGUCAAUUUUCCUCCCAAAUUUCACGAUGUCAUAUGAGAGGAUGCCCAUGUAACUUCUGGUGUCGAGGGAUGACCUGUUGUUGUUGAGUCUAAGACAACUCCCAUAGCGGGUGUUUCACCAUGUUCUGAACAGUCUGUGUGUCGAGGGAUGCUCUGUUGUUGUUGAGUCGAAGACAACUCCCAUAGCGGGUGUCUCACCAUGUUCUGAACAGUCUGUGUGUCAAGGGAUGCUCUGUUGUUGUUGAGUCGAAGACAACUCCCAUAGCGGGUGUUUCACCAUGUUCUGAACAGUCUGUGUGUCGAGGUUGUUACUGGUUCACAUUCUGAACCUUAUUGCCAAGGGUGACUUUAUUGUUAAAUACUUUUUGGGACACAUGGAGUGUGAAAUGGACAAGCCCACUCCUGGUUUGCUAACACUCUGGUUCCCAGAUUGCUUUAAUGAAAGGAUGUCAAUGUAACUAUUGGGGCUCAGGUGAAACAGGUGUGGGGUUAACAUGUUUUGGACAAAUGGCCACAAUUUCCACCGUCGUCAUUUCCCUGUAUAAAAUGCAUUGGUGUGUUUUCCUGCUCAUGCCAUGUGUUGCUAGCCCAGGGCUUUUUUCUGUCUGUUUCCUGGAUCUUGGUAGCAGGUCUGUUUCCUGGAUCUUGGUAGCAGGUCUGUUUCCUGGAUCUUGGUUGCAGGUCUGUUUCCUGGAUCUUGGUAGCAGGUCUGUUUCCUGGAUCUUGGUUGCAGGUCUGUUUCCUGGAUCUUGGUAGCAGGUCUGUUUCCUGGAUCUUGGUUGCAGGUCUGUUUCCUGGAUCUUGGUUGCAGGUCUGUUUCCUGGAUCUUGGUUGCAGGUCUGUUUCCUGGAUCUUGGUUGCAGGUCUGUUUCCUGGAUCUUGGUUGCAGGUCUGUUUCCUGGAUCUUGGUUGCAGGUCUGUUUCCUGGAUCUUGGUAGCAGGUCUGUUUCCUGGAUCUUGGUUGCAGGUCUGUUUCCUGGAUCUUGGGUGCAGGUCUCCAAUGCCUGUCUAGUAUGUACUGCUUUCUCAGCUUUGCUCGCAAGUCCAACCUCUCCAAACACCUGCUUAGACGUCAUAAACCUAAAUGAUAAUGAUGUAUAUUAACAUAACACCUUUUUAUGAAACUCUGUUACUCUCUUCCUCUGGUCUCUCCAAUGCCUGUCUAGUAUGUACAGCUCUAGAUUCUUCCUCUGGUCUCUCCAAUGCCUGUCUAGUACGUACAGCUCCAGAUUCUUCCUCUGGUCUCAUCCAGUGCCGGGUAGAUUAUAGUUAUAAAAUAUCCACCUCCUUGUAUACUGUCAGGUAGACCCAGCUCUAGAAUUACCCCCAUCGUGCUGUCUCUUCUUCGUUGUCCUUCAGAUACGGCUUUAGAAUCCCUGUCUAACUUCCUGUUUCUCUGGGCUCUGUCAUUGGCCUUCACUGCAUGUCGCCACUCCACAAUGUCCAUCAAUCCUGGAAACUUUAAAACUGUCUUGGAUUGGAACAUAUAUGCAUCGAUAGCCAAUCGGCUGGCUGAGGGUGAUAUAUCAUACAUAUGAAAGAUGAGGCCUGUAGUCUUUCUGACAUGUCUCUUUGUCUAAAGGAUAGCCUCGCUAUAGUAGCACCUAUGUAAGGGGGGGUUGAGUGGUGGUUUGGAAGUUAAGGGCUCCCCUCAAUCUUUGUGGCCCAAAACAGAUGCCCUUCUCUGGUCUCCCCGGAUUCAUACAGUUGCUGAAUCUGGUGGGCAUGGAGCUCUGGGUAGCAGUUCUAGGAUCUUGAAUAAACCCUAAGCCAUAGGGCUCUGGUCUAAAGUAGUGCACUAUAUAGGGAACAGGGCUCUGGUCAAAAGUAGUGCACUAUAUAGGGAAACUGGUGCCAUUUGGAAUACAACUUUUUGUUUGCCAUUUAAAAAAAAAAAAGAAAAAGUGAAAUCUCCCAAAACAUUUUUUCUCUCCUUUCUCCUGAAUUUAUCACGUCUUGUGUUCUCCAGUUUGUCUUUACUUAUUAUUUUUGGGAUUCCAUGCAGAAAAACAAUGUAUAAAACAAGUCCUGCCUGUAAAUGGAUGUGUUUUGUGUUAAUUUGAGCUGGUUUCAAAGUGGUGGAAGGGCAGAGAGAGUGACAGCGUGGAGAGUCUUCUCUCAAUGAAUACAUGGUCGUCUUGUUUUCCUCGCUACACCUUUAAAAGCUAGCCUGGUGAAACCAGACUGAAACGUAAGCAUAUCAGCUUGGAUUCCAGGCUAGUUAAAAGCAUGAUCUGAUCUACUCUGUCAAGUCGUUCAAGUGUCCGUGUUGUCAUGAAAAGGCACUCUUAACCUAACCUGCUACAAGAACCGGUACCCCUAACCUAAACAGACCUAUCCAAUCUCAAUUGUCUUUCCUUGAUUCCUGUCUUCUCAAAAUGCAUUGGUCUGAAGGGUGUAGCCCGAUCCACUUUUCCAAAGAUGCCAUGUUACUUUGACUCCUAUUGAAAUGGGUCUUUUUGAUACUAUCUGUAAGUGAAGCAGCCUCUGUGUGUGAUCCUUUCCAUACGAGACCGAUACGUGUCAGUGAAUCUGAAACGCACAAAGGAAUGGGGAGGAUUUUGGGGUCAUGAUUGGAUACAUUUGGAUGAAUCCCUGAAAUGUAUUUGUUUUAUUUGUUAAAAAAACAACAAAACAAACAACUUCCCUCAUUUUCAGUCGGUGUGUUUGCUCAAACAUUUUCCUGUGCACAUUAUUUUUUUCCUAAAUGUUUUAUUUUGAUAACUACUCUUCUGACUGCUGCCUGAUGAUUUACUAUGUACAUACAAACACACACAAUAUGCAUCCUAAAUGACAGCCUGUCCCCUAUGGAGUGCAUUACUUAGUGAACUACGUACAAUAGGGAAGAGCUUGCCAUUUGGGAUGCAUCCACACACACACACACACUAUAAUGUUUGUUUUCUUUUGUUACAUUUUUCUGAACCUGAGCUAUAUAUAUAUAUAUAAUACCCAAUGGGGGAUUUCAUGUAUGGAGAAGGAAGGAAGACGAUUGGCUGCAUGUCUACAGGCCAUCAACGAAUUGUCCAUUUGAUCAGUUGUUGAUCGAUUGAUUGGUCGUCAAUGAUUCAGAGAAUGACACCUUCGUCUCUGAUUCUUCUCGUUCUUCCCCCUCUUUGUAAAUGUUUAUUUAUUUAUGCGGAAAUAUAUGAUUUUAUUAAGCAUGGAAAUACAAAACAAAUGUUUCAGAAUAUAAUUCAAUUAUGGGCUUUUAUUUUACUUUUUUAUUUUACUUUUUUUUUAAUAAGAAGAAAUAAAGUCAUUUUCCAUUC